CCAGCCGCGGAGCUGGCUGGCCACGGAGCUCCCGCGCCGCCUCCUGCCUAGCCGCAGAGCUCGCCUGCGCGCCGCGCCCCUGGCCAUCCGCGGAGCUCGCUCACGCGCGCCACCUCCUAGGCAGCCGCGGAACUCACCGCCGCACCGCCGAGCUCGUGUUGCCUCCCCGGAGCCAUGGACGCGCUGCCGGCCCUUCUCCCCUUCCUGCUCGCCACCGCCACGCCCUCCCCUCCGUCAUUGGUCAUCGCCGGCUUCGUCCGCCUGAGGCCGUCGCCGGCCGGAUGGCCCGGCCCAUCCGCUCCGCCCAUUGCCGCCGCCGCCGCCUCCACCUCCUCCCUUGACCCUCCGGCAGCCCGGCUUGACUCAUUCGGGAGAAGAGACGGGAACGGACGGGAGGGGAGGGAAGGGCCAAGUCCAGCAAGAACGGCGGAGGCGCCAAGGGCAGCGGGGGAGGGGCGGCUCGUGGGCUCGAGGGCGGAGGACGCGUCGGCGAGAGCGAGCUCGUGGCGGCCGAGCGCCUCGAGCGCGCAGGCGCGGCGGAGGAGCACGUGCGGCGGUGCGGGAAGCGCGGCUCGGUCUGGAACACGAGGGAGCACUCUUGGGCGACGGCCUCAUGAUCGACGAGGCGGAGUUGGAGGAGGCAGGCGGCGCAGUUGCUGGGAGAGAGGCGGCGCGGCCUCGUGGUGGCCAUGGCCAAGCCACCGGCCACAGCUGGGAGCCUGGGACGCGCAGGAAGAGAUGGAUGAGACGGGCGUGGUGAAGCAGCGCCGGCGUUUGCUCCUGACCGUGACGGAAUGCUAUUUCCAGGCGACGGUGCAAUAUUUCGAUAGUAUUUCACGGGGCCGAUGCCUUUCAAUGGUAUUUUGCGGAAGUCGCAUUCUUUCAAUGCUACCGAACCAAUUUUCAAAAAAAAAAAAUCUCGAUCCCGUCCGUCGCCGCCCCCCGCCGUUGUCGCCCUCCGCCCGCCGGGGCGCGCCAUCCUCCGCCCAUCGCCGCGCGCGCCGUCCUCCACCCGCCGCCGUGCGCGUCCUCCUCCCCGCCGCCGUACGCGUCCUCCUCCGCCAGCCUGCCUGCCCGCCCGCCCGCCGGUGCGGGCCGUCCUUCGCCCGUCGCUCAUGCGCGGCCUCCUCCUCCCCGCCGCCGUGCGCGUCCUCCUCCCCGCCGCCGUGCGCGGCCUCCUCCGCCCCCGCCGCGGGCGUCGUCCUCCGCCGUCCUCCGCCACCCCGCCCGGACGCCGGUGCGCGCCGUCCUCCGCCCGUCGCCGCGCGCGUCCUCCUCCCCGCCGCCGUGCACGGACCACCAGGCGCUGCACGGGCGAUCUGUCGGUGGUGGCACAGACGCCUAGGCCGCUGGCGCUCGGUCCAGUGGGAGCCUGGGAGGGGAGCGGAGGUUGUGCGGGCUGCCGCGCCCCUCCAACAAUCCGGGGUCGCUCUGUCCCGGCGGCGACGCGCCCCUCCACCGAUCCGUCAUCUGUCCGCACUGCUACCGCCGCGCCCGAGUGCGACCACGACAUCGCGGCCAGGGCAAGCCUGCAAGGUCUUCACCGGAAUUGCUCUAGAGUCAAGACACGGUUCCACCGCAGCCGGCUUCGAGAGGAUCAAAUCUGGUGGUUCCACUAUAGCGGCGUGGCCAUCGUGUUCGGCAACCUCGCAGGCAUCGUCCCCUUCCCGUCGCUCUAGGAGCAAGACCCGUCGACUGGGACAGGCCACCGAUGAUUUUGCAUGGUGUGUUACUCCAGUACCGGUUCCCCUCCCCAUUGGUCAAGCUUUUUUCUUUGUAGUUCCAAGCAGGCGCAGGUGCAGGAAGGUGCAACAAGGGGGGAUGAGGAAUGAUAGCAUGCAGGUUCUUGCAUUGAAGGUGCAUUCCUUGAAUAUGAUGCACUGUGACCUGAAGUCUGACAACCUGUUAUGGGCUAUGGCUAUAUAAAGGAUAUUGAAAGUUGGCCUUAUCAACAGCACGGACGGCCUAUGUCAGGCCCAGACAUGAGCAGCAACUGCUAAAGUUGAUCGCAAAGGACAUGCUAGACUACAUGGCGCCCAAGGUUCUGUGUGGCAUGGCCCAUGGUUGGACACUGCCUGCUGCAUCUUGUGCUUGUAGCUUCAGUGCUAAUGGGAAGGAAAGUGUGAAGUCAUAUUCAGUGACAUGGUCCUAAGUCCUGUGGUCAUAGCAGUAGCACGAUGUGUAUUUUGCUGGAGGGUUUCAAAGGCACAUCAAAGGUUAUCUUAUAGAAGACAAGUGUUGCAUUGAGGCUGAAGUCGCAGUCCUUUGACCCUCCAAGACAGAAUAGACAAUGCUCCUUAUGCCUUAACUGUGUUCCCUUGCUACAACAUUAAACCACUCUUACUGUAAAGGCUACCGAUGAUGUAUGUGGCUGUACACUUGAGAGAGGAUAUUCAUAUCUUGCUUCUGCUUAAUAAAUCCACGUCAAAAUCAGGCAAGUAUAUUUCGAUGUAAAUCCUUUUGACUAUGCAGUUUGAGAAAAUUAAUGUGCUUUCCUUUUCCAAUUCCAACUUCAGUUUAGUGCACUACUUUCCUCUCAGAUAAUUGCAAAAGGCAACCAUGAACAACGUCAGUGACCUUGUUAUUUCAAUUGCUCCUUGAUCUUUUGCUUCCAUUUCUUAUCGGUUUCUGAAGUUCUUAAAUCUAUUUAUUUUGUUGGUAUCUAGACCUGAUGUAUCUAUUGAUGUAUCUAUUUCUAAAAUUGUCAGAUUUCUUUUGACAGCCAUCCAAGAUCCCCUCGACGUCAGCCCCAUAUAUGUCCCCACCAGACGCCAGCUUACAUAUAUGUCCCCUCUGCAAGAUCGUUGAUGACUCCAAGCCGUACGUAGCCUCCACCACUUGAUUGACAACACAGCUCCCAUGGCUGUAAUGGAGUGCGGAGCUUCUUCUAAAGUUUCUGAGGCAAUGAAACAUAUCAUGGAGACUUGUCACGCAUGUCGUUUCUUAAUUACUUGUAGUUAUUUGUAUCAUUAGAAGAUAUUUGUUCUUUUUUCUGUUGUGAAUGAUGCACCGACUUUUGGGCAGUUCAUGAAAUGAUUCAAUAUUGAACAUAAUAUCAUUCUAAUUGUUUGAAAAAAUGUUGCUUCAUCAUGUAA